CUCUCUCAAAUAAAAUCAUCGUCCCUACUCAAAAUCCAAAUUCUUGAACAAAAACUGAGCAUCAUUUCCCUUUCUGUGCUACGACAGCCAGUGACCAUGGCCAACGAGAAUGAGAAGAAGAAACUCAAUGAAGAAGAAGACGACGAGCCCAAAAUCCCAGUCUUCACAGUCCUUAAAAAUGGAGCGAUUCUCAAGAACAUCUUCAUCGUCAACAAAUCCCCACCCCCACCUACCAAUAAACCAAUCUCCUCCGUCCAUCAACAAACCCAAGAAGAAAUCUUGAUAGUCGGUCGCCACCCCGAUUGCAACAUCGUCUUGACUCAUCCCAGCAUCAGCAGAUUCCACCUCCAAAUCCUCUCUAACCCUUCUUCCCAGAAGCUCUCUCUCACCGAUUUAUCAUCAGUGCAUGGCACCUGGGUUUCGGAGAAGAGGCUUGAGCCAGGGGUCAGGGUGGAGCUGAGGGAAGGGGACAUACUGAGGGUUGGUGGUUCCAGCAGGGUCUACAGCCUUCACUGGAUACCUUUGAGUCGAGCCUAUGAUUUCGAAACGUCUUUUGUUCCGUUGACAAAUAAUGAUGAAGAUGACACUGCAGAAGGAGUAGUCCAGGGUGAGAAUUCUCUGUCAGUUGAAAAUAAAGAAAUUGAAUCUCCGGAUUCAAAUUCUGUGGGUAUAGGAUCUUUGUUGCCUGAAGAAAAUGUUGGACUAAGUGGGAAGAAGGAGAUCCCGUCAGCACCUCCAAUGCCUGAAAAUGCCAUUUACUCAAUUUUUGAUCAAAUUGAAGAAGGUGGUGACAGCUUAUCAAAAGGUACUGAUGAAGUGAAUGAAUUCUCAAGCUUCUGGGCAUUUGGAACUGAAUCGGUGAACCUAUUUUUGAAUAUGGAAGAAUCUAGUUCUAAUCCAAAGGAAAACCCAGAGAGUUCCUAUUUUAUUGAAAUGGAAAGGCAAACUUAUCCUACUGCUCAAGUGCCUGAGGAAACUGAGAACCAAAGCCCAUUGAUAAAAGACCAUGGACAGAUUGAUAUUUCAUGUCCGUCUGGACCUCUAGUGAUGGAGAACCUAACCUUCCCGAUCGGCGAAGUCCUUGGAGAGAACAAAGAUGAACAAGUUGAAGAAGAAAGCCUGGAACCAAUUUCGAAUUUGCUGGUUAACCUGAAUUUUGAACAUUUAGAAGAAAAGGAAGAGGAAGCUUAUCCUGCUGCUCAAGUGCCUGAGAAACUUGACAGCCAAAGUCCACUGAGAAAAGAUGAUGGACCUCUAGUGAUGGAGAACCUAUCUUUGCCGAUCGGCAAAGUCUUUGGAAAGGACAAAGAUGAACAAGUUGAAGAAGAACGCCUGGAACCAAAUUGGAGCUUGCUGGUUAACCUGAAUUUUGAACAUUUAGAAGAAAAGGAAGAGGAAACUUAUCCUGCUGCUCAAGUACCUGAGAAAAUUACCAGCCAAAGUCCAUUGAGAAAAAAUGAUGGACCUCUGGUUAUGGAGAACCUAUACUUGCCGAUAGGUGAAGUCCUUGGAGAGGACAAAGAUGAACAAGUUGAAGAAGAAAUCCUGGAACCAAUUUCAAACUUGCUGGAUAACCUGAAUUUUGAACGUUUAGAAGAAAAGGAAGAGGAAGCUUAUCCUGCUGCUCAAGUACCUCAGAAAAUUGACAGCCAAAGUCCAUUGAGAAAAAAUUAUGGACCUCUAGUCAUGGAGAACCUAUCCUUGCCGAUAGGUGAUGUCCUUGGAGAGGACAAAUAUGAACAAGUUGAAGAAGAAAUCCUGGAACCAAUUUCAAACUUGCUGGAUAACCUGAAUUUUGAACAUUUAGAAGAAAAGGAAGAGGAAGCUUAUCCUACUGCUCAAGUACCUGAGAAAAUUGACAGCCAAAGUCCAUUGAGAAAAGAUGAUGGACAGACUGAUGUAUCGUGUCAUUCGUCUCCUCUUGUGAUGGAGAACUUAUCCUUUCCAUUCGGGGAAGUCCUUGCCAAGAGUGAAGGUCAACAAGUUGAAGAAGAAAGCUUGACCUUGGAACCAGAAUUAAACUUGCUGGUUAACCUGAAUUUUGAACAUUCUGAUGAAAUAGAAUGUCCAGUGGAAGAAAGAAUUGGAGAAACUGAAAACAAAAGUGUGUCACCAGAAGACCGUGAAAAGAGGGAUUCUACAAGCCUCCAUUCUGAACCUCGCAUGAAAGAAUCUAUAAACUCAUCUACACUAGAUGGGAUACUGUCAGAGUUAAUAGAUGACAGAGAAAGCCAGACCCCACAAUCUCUCUUUACUGCAGUAGGACAGCCUGAAUCAGACAUCUGUGAAAGCCCUACACUGAGAUCAGGGAAUAAAUCAGGCAUGAGGGGAAGCAUUUGGGCAAGAAGAGGUAAACGUGCUAGUGUUGUUGAGCUUCAAACAGAUAGGAGUAGAGGGAAAACGGAGGAGGCAAGAUAUGGUGAUGACAUUGAACUGGAGGAGGAAAUCUUUACACCAGACAAGGAAAAUUUGACCCCAAAUACUCUUCGACUGAGGUCCUUGAAAAGGAAUGGUGAGAUAGAAUUUAAGCAUUCCAAGUCACGUAGAUCAUCCUCGUUGAAACUAAGUUUAAUUUCCAGUAUCUGUCAACAAGAUCUGAUUGUAUCCCCAGAAAAAGAAAACCAGAAAUUGAAGGAACUCCGAAAAAGAAAAUCAGUGGGAACUACUUCUGGAAAGCAAGCUAGGGUGGAAAAAAAGUUGGCAGAAACAAAAGAAAGAAGAGAAAGGAUGCCAUUUCAAUCACUACUUAAAAAUUCUGGAGGCAAGACCAUAUCAGAAACCUCGGUCCCAAACACAGCCACAAGAAGCAGCGCAUCUUCCAGUUGUACUAGAACCACGAGAAAGGUCGCCAAUCCACUCCUUAAUAAAUCUGUUGGAGAAGGAAAGAGGAGGGGCUGGACUAUGGUUGCAGACACUACUACUCUCCUUGACAAGGAAUCAAGGAAGUCAUUGCAGCUUCUGCAAGGUCUUAAGGGGACUCGGUUAAUAAUUCCAAGAAUGGUCAUACGGGAACUGGAUUACUUGAAGCAACGUGGCAGCAUUUUCAGAAGGAAAACAGAGGCUUGUCUGGUGCUCGAAUGGAUUGAAGAUUGCAUGGUAAAAACAAAUUGGUGGAUCCAUGUCCAGAGCUCAAUGGAAGAUGGAAGACUGAUAGCUCCAACCCCUCCCGUUUCUCCGCAGUCUCUAUCUAGUGAUAAGAGCUGGGCCUUUCCUUCUGGGGCAACAAGCUCAUUGCCUUUUUCAAGAUGGAGUUUGAUGGACCUUGUCUCACCAACAGCAGAAGACCAUAUCCUUGACUGUGCUCUUUUGCAUAGAAAGAUGAAGAAUGAUGGACACCUUGUCCUUCUAAGUAAUGAUGUCACCUUGAAGAUCAAAGCCAUGGCAGAGGGUUUGCUUUGUGAGACAGCUGAAGAAUUCCGUGAGAGUCUGGUGAAUCCAAUAUCUGAGAGGUUUAUGUGGCCUGAUAGCUCUCCCCGUGGGCGCACUUGGUCAUACGUACCCGAUGCAGUUUUGAGAGAAAGGCACAGCAGCUGCCCCCUGAAGAAGUCAUCAACUGGAGAAGGUGCAAAGGGUUUGAAGCUCAUUUUGCUCCAUAAUUCUCAUUAUGGACAGAUCCGUUAGAUAAACUAAAAAUAAUUUAGCCAGCAUUGUGUAAUAGUUUUCUGUUGAGCACUAAGUUGGAUUUCCUUUUGGUUUAAUUUUGGCUCUAUCAAUCACUUCAAAAUUCUUCAAAAUUCUGUGUUAUGCAUCUAAGUUCUGUUA